AUGAAAGUGCUCCUAGGUGCUGUGAUCACGUUCGGGUGUGUGCUGGCCAUCGGUUCGGCUCUGUCAGUGGCGAAAGAUCAGAAGGACUGUGGUACUGGCGAAGGCUCGUUGUCCUGUCACGGCGCCAAAGUGGCACGUCAUCUGCUGAAGCGCCUCGCACGGCCCGUCAAGCUGGAAGAGGUCAGUGUGGUUAAGCUGUUCCCGGGCGUCGAAAUCGUGGAUGUGUCCGACGGUGAAGAGCGUGAGCGAUCGCUCAACGAGGUGACGGAGGAGGAUCGAACCGUUUUCGGACGGGUCGGAAAGUACCUGCAGAGCCACGAAAUCAAGAUCAACUUCGGUCAGCUGCUGAAGCGGAGCGACAUUCAGGAUGCCAUCCGAACUGCCUUCGGAUCGCUCGAUCAGGACGUUAUUGCCGAUGUAGCAGAGGCUCGUAAAAAGGACAAGGGAGGUCUCGGGGCGAUCAUGAUGAUGGGCCUGAUGAUGGGCAAGCUGUUGGCGGCGCUCGGAUUCGGUGGCGUCGGACUUCUGGCACUGAAGGCGUUAGGCGUGUCGAUGGUCGCCCUGCUACUGUCGGCCAUCCUGGGACUGAAGAAGCUCACCGAACAGGGUGACCACAAGGGACGGCACAACGACGAGCACUUCGAGGUGCAUUCGGAUGACCACAUUCAGCACGCCGACCGGAAACGCCGCUCGCCAAAGAGCGACGUGGCUGCCAACCUACUGGCGUACAACGGCUGGGCACCAAUCGCGAACUACAAGUACUAG